UUUGCGGGUGGUCAGAUUAACCUUGCCGCGAAGGUGUCUUCCCAGUAUGUCUCCUCGUUGCUGAUGUGCGCUCCGUACGCCAAGGAGCCGGUCACCCUGAAGCUGGUGGGCGGAAAGCCCAUCUCCCAGCCCUAUAUCGACAUGACCACGGGCCAUGAUGCGAUCUUUCGGCAUCGACGUAAAGAAGUCUACCACUGAGGAGCACACCUACCACAUUCCUCAGGGCCGUUACGUCAACCCUGCUGAGUAUAUGGUGGAAAGCGAUGCCAGUUCGGCUACUUACCCCCUGGCCAUUGCGGCGAUCACCGGCACUACCUGCACUGUGCCCAACAUCGGUUCCAAGUCCCUCCAGGGUGAUGCUCGCUUUGCCGUCGAUGUUCUUCGUCCCAUGGGCUGUACUGUUGAGCAAACAGACAGCUCCACUACCGUCACUGGAGCCCCUGGGGGUGUCUUGCGACCCCUGCCCAAUGUCGAUAUGGAACCUAUGACCGACGCUUUCCUCACGGCUUCCGUGCUCGCGGCUGUCGCACGCGGCGAUGGCUCAAACCACACGACCCGGAUCUACGGAAUUGCCAACCAGCGUGUGAAGGAAUGCAACCGUAUCAAGGCCAUGAAGGACGAACUCGCCAAGUUCGGUGUCGUCUGUCGUGAACAUGACGACGGCAUUGAGAUCGAUGGCAUUGACCGCACCAGUCUGCGUCAGCCUGCCGGAGGCGUCUUCUGCUACGACGACCACCGCGUCGCGUUCAGCUUCAGCGUUCUUUCUCUCGUCACUCCUCAGUCGACUUUGAUUCUGGAGAGAGAAUGUGUCGGCAAGACUUGGCCCGGCUGGUGGGACUCUCUGAAGCAGCUGUUCUCCGUGAAGCUGGAGGGUAAGGAGCUGAAAGAGGACGAAGCUGCGGUUCUCACGCAAGCUGAGAAGUCCAGUGCGUCCAUUUUCAUUAUCGGCAUGCGUGGCGCGGGAAAGACCACCAGCGGACAGUGGGUUGCAAAGACUCUCAACCGUCCAUUCCUUGACCUCGACACCGAGCUUGAGGCUUCGGAGGGAAUGAGUAUCCCCGACAUUAUCAAGCAACGUGGGUGGCAGGGUUUCAGAGAUGCUGAGCUUAGUCUUUUGCAGCGCACGUUGAAAGACCGCUCAACUGGCUAUGUCUUCGCUUGCGGUGGCGGUAUCGUGGAGAUCCCCGAGGCGAGAAAGUUGCUUACCGAUUACCACAAGACCAAGGGUAACGUUCUGCUCAUUAUGCGGGAUAUCAAGCACGUCAUGGACUUCCUCUCCAUUGACAAGACCCGCCCAGCUUAUGUUGAAGAUAUGAUGGGAGUCUGGCUGCGCCGGAAGCCCUGGUUCCAGGAGUGCAGCAACAUCCAGUAUUACAGCCAGACUGCCGUCUCUGGCGGUCUUGCUCGGGCAUCUGAAGACUUCAAGCGCUUCCUCCGGACUGUUACCGGAGAGGUCGACAGUCUUAGCAGCAUCAAGCGCAAGGAACAUUCGUUCUUUGUCUCUUUGACUCUGCCAGAUCUCCGUAAUGCGAGCGAUAUUUUGAAGAAGGUAUGCGUCGGUUCCGAUGCAGUGGAGCUCCGUGUCGAUCUUCUGGAAGAUCCGACGAUGGACGGUGACAUUCCUUCCGUCGACUAUGUCGCCGAGCAGCUGUCUUUCCUGCGCAGCCACAUCACCCUCCCUGUCAUCUACACCAUCCGCACCAAGAGUCAGGGUGGUCGCUUCCCCGACGACGCCCAUGCUGAGGCCUUGGAGCUCUACCGCCUUGCGUUCCGAUCUGGACUUGAGUUCGUGGAUCUGGAGAUUGCUUUCCCCGACGAGAUGCUGCGCACCGUCACGGAGCAGAAGGGCUAUUCUCGCAUCAUUGCGUCGCACCACGACCCCAAGGGUGAGCUCUCCUGGAGUAACAUGUCGUGGACGAAGUACUACAACCGUGCGUUGGAGUACGGUGAUGUUAUUAAGCUCGUCGGAGUUGCAAAGAACCUGGACGACAACAACGCUCUGAGAAGCUUCAAGAACUGGGCUGCCAGUGCUCAUGAUGUUCCCUUGAUUGCCAUCAACAUGGGCGACAACGGACAGCUCAGUCGCAUCCUGAACGGCUUCAUGACCCCCGUGUCCCACCCUAGCCUUCCGUUCAAGGCGGCACCCGGCCAGCUUUCCGCGGCUGAGAUCCGCCGGGGUCUGUCUCUGAUGGGAGAGAUCCAGCCCAAGAAGUUUGCCGUUUUUGGCACACCCAUCUCCCAGUCCCGUUCUCCUGCUCUCCACAACACCCUGUUUGCCCAGAGUGGUCUGCCUCACGAGUACAGCCGCUUGGAAACCGCCAAGGCCGAAGAUGUUAAGGACUUCAUCCGCUCCCCCAACUUUGGCGGCGCCUCGGUCACGAUCCCCCUGAAGCUGGACAUCAUGCCAUUGCUGGACGAGAUCGCACCCGACGCCGAAAUCAUCGGUGCGGUGAACACGAUUGUGCCUGUUUCCAGGGGUAAGGGCCAGCCGGCUCGCUUGGUUGGUUACAACACGGACUGGCAGGGCAUGACGCUGUCGCUGCGCAACGCGGGUGUGUACGGAUGCAGUGGAGACGCCAGCGCCAUGGUGGUGGGUGGUGGCGGCACCGCUCGCGCCGCCAUCUAUGCUCUGCACAACAUGGGCUACUCCCCGAUCUACAUCGUUGGUCGAACCCCCGCAAAGCUUGAGAGUAUGGUUCAGACUUUCCCCAGCAGCUACAACAUUCGCAUCGUCGACACCAUCGAUGCGCUGGAUACGAUUCCCAAGGUGGCCAUUGGCACGAUCCCGGCCGACAAGCCGAUCGAUUCGGGCAUGCGCGAGACGCUGUGCCACAUGUUCGCUCGGGCUCAGGAGAUUGAUGCUGAUAUUGUCAAGUCUGUGGAGAAGGUGCCUCGCGUGCUGGUGGAAAUGGCCUACAAGCCGUCGGUGACGACGCUGAUGCAACUGGCCAACGACGCAGGAUGGCACACAGUUCCUGGUCUGGAGGUUCUGGUUGGCCAGGGAUGGUACCAGUACCAACGCUGGACCGGUAUCUCGCCUCUCUACGACGAUGCCAGGGAAGCCGUGAUCGGAUCUCCCGACCCUAACUCGGCAUGA